UCCAACAAAACCAAGUUCUCCCUCCGGCGAAGGCCGAAAGAAGCAAUCAAACCAAAAUAAAGCUAGAAAAUAAUAAGACGACGACAGCAACCAGAACGAGAAGGAAGAAAUGCAGACCCUUUCUCUUUCUUCUACCUCCUCUGCAUUUUCUCUGUCUCUCCCGAACAAAAGAUUGGUCACUUUCAAGACGAAGUGUCAUGCUCCUCAGUCUUGUUACUCUUACCGCCGUCAACAGUAUUCUCACACUCUUCAGCUAAAUCAGCAACAACAGCCCGCCUCUACUUUUCUUGGCUUUAAUCCCUUAAGAGUUUCGGAAAAUGGCAAAAAGGUUGUGGAUGUGAUGAUGAAGAAGAAAAGGAGUCACGGGUUGAGUGCAGUUUGCUAUGCUGCCUCUCUUACUACUACUAAUCUCGAAUGGGUUGCUGCUGUUUGUACUGCAAUUCUAACGCUUUCCAGGGGCACUCCUAUUCACAAGUCAUUUCUUGUUCCUUUGUUCGCUUUACAAGCUCCUAACAGCAUUGUCUCAUGGAUCAGGGGGGAGUAUGGAUAUUGGACUGCAUUCUUGGCUCUUCUUGUCCGUCUCUUUUUCUCCAUCCCAGGGGAACUUGAGUUGCUUUUUAUAGCACUACUUCUGGUAAUUGUGGCACCCUACCAAGUUAUGAACCUAAGGGGAAAGCAGGAAGGUGUUAUUAUCUCCUUGAUAAUUGCGGCUUAUCUGGCUUUCCAGCAUUUCUCGCGGGCAGGUAGCUUGCGUAGAGCAUUUGACCAAGGUUCUGUCAUUGCCUCAUUAGCAAUCAGUUGUAUUGUUGUUGUGCCAUGCUUGCUCUUGAUCUGACUGCGAUAGGAGUUUGUGACAUGACUUCUAAGCAGUGUCCGUAGAUUAUCGACUGACAUACAGGAGCGAUGGACAAUGAAUAAUUGUAAUGUAGUAACUGAACCACUGGUUCGCUAUGUUGAAAAUGCUUAUUUUGGAGCUUAUAACUAAUGUUUUCUUAGUUUUAACUA